CGCACCCCUUUAGGACUUCAGUUAAACGCCGUUUAACUGUGAUUCUGAGGCUGAGAAACCAAAGAUACAUUAGACUGAAUAGAUCUGCCCUAUAGAUUGUUCACAUUGCCACUGAGACCUGAAUUUAGCAGCAGCAGAGAUAAUAUUCCACAGCAACCUGCGCUGGAUGACAUCAAUUGUUGACCAGUUCAGCUAAUCCGCCUCAUUUGCUUUUGCCGCUCCUUCUUAGAAGCGAUGACCGUUGCUCUAUGUUUCCGUGUUCUUGUAGGAGUUGGAGGAAAUCUCGUGGCGGUCCAAGCGAGCAGGAUGUCCACCUACCUCCAUUAUUGGAGCGUUCCUGGAGCUCUCCCAGUAAAAAUGAGUGCUGACUGUCCUGGACCCUGCACCGCCUUCUGCUCCUCAGAUGUGAACUCUAAAUCAGCCAGAGUUCUGGUUGCCCUUGUGGUACCAGGUCACCUCCUCUUCCUCUACACAGUCCAGCUGCUGAGGGGAGGCCAUACCGCCAUGACGCCUUCCUUCAUCAUCUGCUACCUGUGUGCAGCUCUGCUUCAGGUGGUGAUUCUGCUCUACUCUUCCGUCCUGAUGGUCCGCUGGCUGUGGAGACGGAGCUUGGAUCCAGAUAACUACUCCAUCCCCUACCUCACAGCUCUGGGGGACCUGCUGGGAACUGCUUUCUUGGCCCUGACCUUCAGGUUUUUCAUGAUGGGCAGCUCUGAAGGGACCGGACUUUGAAACAUUUGGUCAGCACCAGCACAGCGCUGAGCUCACUGCAACUGCAGAUGAAAGACUAUGAAACAAAAAGACAGGUGGUGACUUAAUAAUUAGAGAUGCUAUAAUCUGACUUUGGAUCAAAUCAUAAUUCUAUCACAAUCAUGAUUCACUAUAAGGGAAAACAAAACGCUCACAUAAUGAGUAGCUUAAAGAUCAACAACUCAGAUUUUGUUGUUGUUCCUUCUGCUCUGAUUAUCACUUCCUGGUCAGAAUUAGGUCACAGAUCUGAACAGUUCAAUGUGAAAAAGUGUCCAAGAAAAAAUGUAACUGUAAACUUCUUCAGUACUUUGGUCCUUAGUACUUUUCUGUUGUUCACAUGCAGUUUAAUGAGCUCAAACUGAAAUUGUAGAAAUACCAAUUAUUGCACGCCUAUAGUUCUUGCUAGAUGGUGGAUGUUUAUAUUAUGACCAAUAGACAUAAUUGUGUUUGUAUGUCAACGUAAAGCAGACACUAUAAGGCUCUAGUAUUUAACUUGUCUGUGUGUUAGUUUGUGUUCCUACUGACAAACAGCAGGGUUUGAGGUCAAAGUUUAUUCUUGUGUGGAGCCUUUUUUUUAUUUCUUUGACAUCCAUAAAGAAAAAAUAGCAAUAACAGUGAGGCUUGGCUGAAUUUGUAGAGCUUCUGCAUUUGUAAAAAUAAGAAACAAAACAAUUUGUUCAGUUAAAUAAAACACAUGGAACCAUC